CUCUAUUUUUCUAUCCUUUUUUCUUACUUUUUUAGCUUUUUAUUCACAUUCAUUCAUUCAUUCAUUCAUUGCUAUUCCUCUCAUUAGUCUCUGCUAUUUAUACCAUUUGCAUUACAGCCAUUCCUUUUCUUUCUAAACAAUGGCAUCGAUUCUUUUUGACGACAUCACCUUUCCAAGGGAAUUAUAUGAUCCCGAUACCUUCGAGUUUGUACCGCCUGUCUCGACCCUGUUAGCCUUCACCCCUCAUAUCCUCUCUCAACUUGCAAAGACCGAGCAAGAACAGGAGCCUAUGCCUAUACCCAAUCCAAACACACAACAAACAAUGGAUGCUAACAGUGACAGCAAGAACAACAAUAUCAAAGAUGAAACACAACAAGCCGAAAACGCCUCUACUUCUGCUUCAUCAUCAUCAUCAUCAUCAUCAAAAGGGUUCUUCUCUAAACUUCAGAAUCUGGCUCCUGCCAUAGAAUCACAAAAGAUCCUUGAGAAUGGACUCUAUCUUGCAGGACGAUAUAUGGAUGGUGCAGCAUCAGCAGCAUCGUCAUCCUCACGAAGGUACCAUAAUGAGGACGCAUGGGAACGGUCCUCUGCUUCUUCUACCUCUUCUUCUUGGUUUGGUUCUAAACAUAGGAACUGGGACCAGGAACGAGAGCGAGAGCGGCUCCGAGAGAUGGAGCAACGGCUACAACAGAUGGAGCGCGAUAUGAGACACCAUUCUGCAACAGCCCGGUCAGAGAUUGAUGCACAACGACGAGAGCGCCACAAACUGGAGCAAGAACUCGAAUUACAAAAGACUAAAGUCAAGAAAUUAGAAGCAGAGAUGGAGCAGCAACAAAAGAAGAAAAAGGAGGAAGAAAAAGAAAAAGAAAAAGAAAGAGAAAAGAAACGAAAGGAACAAGAGGACGAAUUGAAGAGAGCAGAAAAGGAGAGAAAGAGCAAGGAUGAAAAGGACAAGGAAAAAGAGGAGACCAGUCAAGAAAUGCUCAAAAAGAACGGUCAACAAGAUCCUGCAUCCUUGGCUCUAAUGGCGACAGUUGGUGUAGCGUCCUUGGUCGCGACAAUGUAUUCUGCUCACAAGGCCUCAUCCACGUAUUCAGUUAUUGGUUUUCACAAUCAACUUGAGGAGUUGUUGAAGCAAUGUGAAGAUGUGGUUCAAUCGACGGAGGCUUGGAUCAGUGAGCAGUUUUUGGAGGUGCCGGAGCAAGUGCAGGAAGACUUGAGGUUAAUUAAGGAAUUAAUUGAUAUUAUUCAUCGACUGGACCCUCGCACUGAGAAAAAGGCCGAAACAGUUGCAUGGUCCAUGUCAGCAGUGGGAUCUCUCGGUGCUAUGGGAGGUGUGGUGAUGGGAAGUAUGACAGCGAUGGCAAGUGGAGGUACACUUGUAAUAGGAUGUGCGUUGUAUGGGAUUAUUGCACGUGCCAGAUAUAAUGGGCCAGAGUACAAGGGUGCAAGGACUACAAUGGAGCUCAAAGCAGCACAGAUUCUCCGUUCUUUGGGUGUCAACCCAGCAUCACCCCAUACAAUAACAUCGGGACAAAGAACAGCAGCGGCCACACGAACAACAUUGAUUCAUGAUAACCGUAUUGACCGACUCCGGUUGGAGUUUGAGAAACGAGAUGGACAUGAUUUGGUGGAUGCAGAUGAGAUUGAUGGCAUGGCAGUUGAAGAUGCAUUACGAGACUCUGCAUUCUCACUUCCAUUUGUGUCACAGCGAACAAAGCAACAACAACAACAACAACAGCAACAGCAACAAAGCAGUCGAGAAAGGAUUGAAAGUAGACAGGAUAGAGGAUCAAUGAGGGUGAAGAGAGAAUCCAUGAUGGCAUUUGCUUGAUAGUUUUGCAAAAGAAAC